AUGAUCAGUUACGCCAAGCAAACUAGACUUAACAUUCUACCCCCAGAGCUUAUUUAUCAACUUUUGGACCGACUUUUCAAUUUUCAACGAGAGGAUGAGGAAAAUUUUGACCUUGUAUCACUACAUACUCUUCAGUCACUUCGUCAGGCAAGCCCUGAGUUCUAUGAGAUCGUGGAAGAGUGGAUGUCAGAUUCUGCUCAGAAAUGGAUCAAAUUCAAGGAAUACGAACUUGAUUUCUAUCGCAAUCGAGCUCAUGGGUUCGAGUCGAAUGGAAAGAGUUUUUUAGCUUGGGCGAUUGAGAAAAACUAUCAGCAUUGUAUCAACUGGAUCAUCGACCAGGUUCCGGCUGAAAGUACAUUUUGGAAAUCAGGGUCCGGAGUUGGAGAGGAGAAACACGCCUUGCGUCUUCUUGUAGAUGCUUCAAACUCUGUGGGAUUUGGAAGGCUCUGUUCUAAACUGGUGGUGGCAGAAGUCUUGGAAAAUUCAGACCUGUAUUGGAUGAAUUCCGAUGAUUACAAGCUCAAACUAUGUACCUUUGUAACAGGCGAUGUUGCAAAUGUCCUCUUGAGUGACCACGGAAUGAACAUUGGAGAUGUUGGAAAAUACUACUUGGUCUCUUCUGAGUCAACUGAUGGAGAAAAGCCCCUGCGAAUAGACGAUGAUCCAAGACAAGUCACCACUUCAUGGCAUGAAGCUGCUAAUACAACCCUAACGAGGACAUUCUGA